AUGAGAACACAACAGCAGCAGCAACAAAUACACAGAAAUUUAAAUAAUGUUGACGCGGAGACAGCAGCAGCAGCAGCAAAAGCAGCAGCAGAAGCAGCAACAGCAGCAGCAGCAGCAGCAGCAGUAGCAGAAGCAGCAGCAGCAGAAAGCAGUAGCAGCAGCAGCAGCAGUAGCAGCAGCAGCAGUAGUAGCAGCAGCAGUUACAUGCAGCAUCAGCUGUAUACGCAGCUAUCACUGCAGCAGCAGCAGCGGCUGCAAAAAGCAGCAGCAGCAGCAGCAGCAGCAGCAGCAGCACCUAGUGAGCAUCAGCUGCAGCAACAGCAAGAGCAGGAACAGCAACAACAUCAAGAGAAACAGCAGCAACAGCAGCAACAGCAGCAGCAACGGCAGCAGCAGCAGCAACAGCAAGAGCAGCAGCAACAGCAACAGCAGCAGCAGCAGCAGCAGCAGCAGCAGCUGCAGCAGCAAACCUCAAUUUGUGCGCGUAGCAGCAACGGCAGCAGCAGCAGCAACAGCAAGAGCAGCAGCAACAGCAACAAGCAGCAGCAACGGCAGCAGCAGCAGCAACAGCAAGAGCAGCAGCAACAGCAACAGCAGCAGCAGCAGAAGCAGAAGGUGCUGCAGCACUUGCUGCUGCAGGAGGAGUUGUUGCAUCUCCGCCUGCAGCAGCAGCAGCUGCUGCUGCUGUUGCUGCUGCUGCUGCUGCUGUUCUGCUUCCUGUCGGGAUUCCAGUUGCUGCAACAGCAGCAAGUGCUGCAGCAGCAGAAACCUCAGCAGCAGCUGCUGCAGCAGGAGGCGGUCCAGCAGCAGCAGCAGCAGCAGCAGCAGUUGCUGCAGCAGGGUCUAUAA